UCUUGGUGCUCUCCCUUAAAUCUACUGAAGUUCCACCCGGACGAUUUAUGAAACGCAGCAACUUCCUGUUGGAAAUAAACACAACUUUGACAUUGCCUCGUUCAUAUCCGUCAAACAUGAGCACCCUGACUUUAAACUCACUGAGACAAAUAAUGAGAGCGAUGGUCGACCACUCGGGCUUCGACAGAGUCAUGAGCAAGGUGGACGUUGUUUCUGCGAGUCCCGGGAAGGUGGUGUGUGAGAUGCGGGUGGAGGAGGAGCACACAAACCGGGGAGGGACGCUGCACGGCGGGCUGACAGCCACCCUGGUGGACGUGAUCUCUACCAUGGCCAUUAUGCACAGUGAGAGAGGAGCCCCAGGGGUCAGCGUGGACAUGAAUAUAACGUACAUGAAUGCUGCCAAGAUAGGGGAAGACGUCCUCAUCACUGCACAAGUUCUGAAGCAGGGGAAAACGCUGGCAUUUGCUACUGUAGAUCUCUCCAGCAAAACCUCAGGGAAACUCAUCGCUCAGGGACGACACACUAAACACCUCGGCAGCAGCUGAACCGUCUCUUCUAAUCAAAAUCGUAUAAUUUACUGCUAAAACUUGGGAUUCUGAAUAUAUACAGAAUGUACUUGCACUGUUUUUUGUAAGUACAUAAGUUUGCAGAACAAAGUUGUGUGUGUGUUUUUUUUCCCCUAACUUGUGUUGUUGUGAAUAUUGAGCAGCGAAUGUUUCUUGUACAUGCAAUAAAGCCAGCUGGACAAAGA